CUUCAGUAUAACGGUAUACGUCGACGGCACAGCAACGCAGGCCCAGGAAUCAGGAGGUCGAGUCCCCCAAAAUCCCCAGCUCCAUAUGUCCAUAUGUCCGCAGUCUUUUCGCCUGCAAUCUAAAAGAAAAGUGCAACAUUUGACCUUUCCGCCAGCCGGUGGCAGUGCCAAGUGCAUCCGUCUAACGGUCAACGCUCGAAAAGUGUCGAAAAAGUGGCGUUAAGCAACGGUAAUUGCUCGAAAUAUUGCACGCCCACGCCGCGAAAAGUUUGGGGAGCAACCACCAGCAGCUGCCACCAAGAGUGUGUGUGUGUGUGACUACCCGAGUGUGUGCAAGUGUGAGGGGGUGUCGAAAAUCAAUAAGCCCCGUCGACGACGUAGUCGUUUUGGCCAAAAGCAUCAGCCAAGUGUAGCAGCCCCAUUAACCGGCCAUAUGGCAGAGGCACUGCAUUAUUGUUAGCCAAUUUCGAACUACAGAAGAAAAAAAGAACACACAAGAGACACUAGAGGACCGAAGAACUGAGGAGAAAAUCGAAUUUUGCAAGUGCAAGAUGGCGGCUCGCCUGGAAAUCACCGUUAGCUUCGCCCUGGCUGCAACGCUGCUCUGCUGCAUAGUGGGUCACUGCGAAAUGUCCGUUUACCCAGGACUACGCCGAAGACCCAUCCAGGCACCGGUGAUGGAUCCACAGAGCGAGCAGGAGUAUGCCUUCUUGGCCCAGAUGAUGGAGCAAUACGCCCGUCGACGGCUGCAGCAGCAGUUCGACCAGCAGCUGCACGAGAUCAACCUAAAGAUGGACCGCCAGCGGCAGCUGCUUGAGCGGGAACGAUACCGCCAACGGCAGCAGGAGCUGGAGGUGCGGCGCGAGCAGGAGGAGGACUACGAGGCCAAUGGGGGCAACAAUCUGGAGCAGCAGUACGAUCAGUACGACAACGCAGAGGCGGAGGCCAGCUAUGGCAGUCCGUUGGAGGCGGUGCCGGAUGUCCAGCAACCCCCGCCGCUGUACCUGCCUCGCCUGCCCAACCUGCCACCGCUGCCCAGUUUGCCCAAGUCGUCGCCCGGCCGGAAUAGUGUGCUUAGGGAUCGGAUUCCCUUUGCCGUGGGUCCCAAUGAUGCCCGGUUUUUCGACAACCCGAACGACCCCUCGGGCGAGCUCGAUUCACGCGCCCUGGAAGACUACGAGGAGUAUGCUCCGAUAGAGCCCACUCCCGAGGUGGCCACCGCCUCCAGCAAGACCAAGAUUGAGGCCCCAGUACCGGCUCCCGUGCCCGUGGAGCCGCCGAAGCUGCUGGACGCGGCCAGCGCCAACUUCCAUCGCAUCAAUCCCCAGUCCGCAGCUGCUGCGGCCGUGGCCGGAGUGAAUCUACCGCAGGGCAAGGACGUAUCGCCGCACGAGCUGAAUGCCCUGAUCAACAAACUGCAGAAGCAGAGCAAGUCCCCGCACCUGACCCUAGUCAACGAUGGCGUGGCCAGCCAAGAGCAGAUCGUGCUGCGCCAGCACCUGGGAAUGAACAGCGAAAUGGGAGUGUACAUCGUGGCCCUGAUAGCGGGCGUGAGUGCGGCGGUGACCGUGGGGCUGCUGGCCCUGGGCGUGACUUGGUUCCACAAUCGCCACAAAGCGGCUGCGGAUGUGGAGUAUCCCGCCUACGGGGUAACGGGUCCCAACAAGGAUGUCUCGCCAUCCGGCGACCGGAAGCUGGCCCAGAGCGCCCAGAUGUACCACUAUCAGCACCAGAAGCAGCAGAUCAUCGCCAUGGAGAACUGCCAGGCCACCGAUGGCAGCUGCAGCCUCUCGGACGUGGAGAGCGACGAUGACAACGAGGAGGGCGACUACACCGUGUACGAGUGCCCCGGCCUGGCGCCCACCGGCGAAAUGGAGGUAAAGAAUCCGCUCUUCCUGGACGAGACGCCGGCCACGCCGGCCAACAAUCUGUCGACAGGUGGAGCAGCAGCAGCUGGGGCAGGUGCCACCAAUAACAACAUCACGCAGGCCACUCCACAGCAACCGGCCACGCAGAAGAAGGGAACGGUAAAGCCGAACAUGAAUCUGUUGAAUGCCGCCGCCACAGCUGCAGCAGCGGCCGCCGCCUCUGCAUCGGCAGGCGGAGCUGGAGCGGCCGGAGCUGAGGAGCCGAAGCAGAAGCGCAAGAGCAAGAAGUAAGGAGGAGCCAGGCGAAGCUUGUUUAACCCAGGAGCUGCGGCGAUGGGUAAAGUUUGACUGAUCCAUUGUCAGCCAAGAACACACGAGGCACGGAGAGGGAUUCGGAGACAGGAUCCGAGCAGGUGUAGAUGCAUUCCUAACAAACAGUCCGGGGAAUCUAAUUCCAGGAGCAGCCACAACCCACACACACUAGCGCAGUCCAGAGGCCACGCAACAGUCUCUGUCUGUGUAAUCUCUUCCCGUUAACGCAUAAGUCCUGUAACGUAAUCGCAUUGCUAUGCAGUAAGACUAGGCCCCCCCCAGCACGCCCCCAAGGACCCCCCAGGAACUUUCCAUCCGCUGUCAGUUGCACAACUCGCUGCUGAUGUGACAGGAUGUGCGGCAGACAGGUGGAAUUACGUCGAAUUAUUUGUAUAUCAAACUUUUUUGGAGAGCGCAGAAGGAGCGCGGUGGGAAGCUAACUAACAUAUUAUAUUAUUAUAAAUAUAUGUAUACACACACACACAUAUAGAUAUAUAUUCAUGUAAUUAUUGUAUCAUAUAUAUAUAUAUAUAUAUAUAUAUUAUACACACGAGGGCGGACACCUUUUUACUUACCCCGUCUGUCCCUGGCCCCCGGCGUGUGCUGUAACUAUCUUUUUCUCAUUUUUACUACGCUUUGUGAUCGAUCCUAAAUUAUCUGUGUCAAUUUAGAAAUACAAUUCUGGUAAAUACAACCUGUAUGCAUGCAAAAACAUAUUAUAUGGGAGCGAGGAGAAGAGGAUUAUUUACAAGUAAAACUUAACAAUAAUUUCCCCCGCACACAUUCAUGUAAAGUAAAUGAAAAACGACUGAUAACACCACACACAAAGAUAACACGCGCGCGUCUAUUUGUACAAAAAGAAACGAAUCGAAAAUGAUAAUGAAAUCGAAUGAAGGAAACAAUUUAUUUACCGAUUAGGGAGAAAGAUUAGCAAAACAAAACCCAAAAAAAAAAAGAGGAAACAAACUAUCAGCGGAAACGAUUCCCAGCCCCAAAAAAGAAAGCGAACAUUUUACUAUUGUAUUCUCAAUUGCUGUAAAACUGUAAAUAAACAUGGAUAUAUAGGACAUGUACAUGAACUUUAGACGAGAGAGACGAGGACGAAACGUAGGAACCAUUGCGGCCGAAAACAAUACACUGAGAACAACUGAAUUGAAGAACUUGUGAGUUCAAAAACUAGCUAAACACUACAACCUAAAAACAAAACACACCAUGAAUAAUAAUAUUAAUACUAUAUGUUGACUAGUGGAAAUAUGCAAAGCAUCUUGGAGCAUUGAAAAUUGAGAAUUUCGAGAAAUCUUAAUCGAAAACUGACUUAGCCACAAUAAAAAGUGAAAGGAGACAUGCAAGCAGCAUACGUUGAGUUUGAAAUAUAUAUUUUAUGGUGUUUGGGGGGGUCCCCCUCAAACACGACAAAAUAAUCCGAACUCAAGGCGAGAGAAGAAAACGAGCAAAAUUUAAUUUAUUUAUGUAUGAUAACCGGUAACGACACAAAUUAUACAAUAUGCAUACAGAAUAAACUAAACUAAC